AUGGCUAAGGAAAGCUCCAUUGAACCAAAGAGAAGAUCUCCCAAACGUGGGCAUAGUUCAAUUGUCAACAAUUCCACUGACAACACUAUGAACAGUUUCACGCCAUCUGACAUUGUUUCACCAGAGGCGGAUCCUGGAUUUUGGGGCAAAAGAUUGGGAAGAAACAGAAAAAGAUUUGUAGGAGUUCGACAGAGGCCAUCAGGGAGAUGGGUUGCAGAGAUAAAAGACACCAUACAAAAGAUCAGGCUAUGGCUGGGCACCUUCGACACAGCAGAGGAUGCAGCCCGGGCCUAUGAUGAAGCAGCCUGCCUUCUGAGAGGCACAAAUACAAGAACCAAUUUUUGGCCCUCUCCAUCCCCUCAAACCCUUGGGACCUCUGCCUUGCCAUCCAGAACAGCCCGCCGCCUCCUGCUCAGGCUCAAGGAUGCAAAUGCAAGAAACAAUACUGCCACCAUGAUUGCUAAUCACAAUUCUUCAGAUGAGAAUAACAUUUCUACUGAGUCUGUGCAGGCAAGUGUCAAGGUUGAAGGUGAAUGCAUCAGCUCUGAUGAGGAAGAUGCACAAGGAUCCAGCCAAGUGGUCAGCUCAACUUCAGAAAUGCUCAAUAAUGAUGAAGAUAAAAGUGACCUUUUGGGUUGCAGCCCACCCAAAAACCCUACUCCCCAUGAGUUUGAAAUCAAUGGGGGUUUUUCAGUCACUGGUGCAAAUGAUGGGGUUCCAGAGAUGGUACAGAAAAAGCAGAGUUCAGCUGAAGAGGAAUGUUGUAAUGAAGGCAAUAUGGGUUUUACUGCUCUGCUUAUGGAGGCAGCUGACAGUUCUAUUACAUGUGUUGAAGGUACAAAUAUGAAGGGCUUUACAAAUGGUAUACAAAAUGGCUUCAAUAUAGAGAAUGGUGAUGAAUUAGCAAGUGGGUACUCUCCAUUUACCAUGGGUGCAGAAAUUACAGACCCAGCCCAUAUCAAGGUGGCUGACAUUUUCAGGGAAGAAGUAGAAGAGUCAUUUGACUGUGUAGGGUCUUUUCAGACUAUGGUUGGAGAGCAUAAUUCAACCUCUCUCUUAAGGGAGGCCAUGAAGAGAAGGAUGUAUGAAAGAAAAAUCUCUGCUUCUCUGUAUGCCAUGAAUGGGAUUUCUGACUACUUUCAAUAUACCAGUGAGUUUGCAGCAUCCCCAAAUCUAGAGGAGAGUUUUAGAUUUAGAGGUGCUGAUGAGAUUUAUAGCAGGUCAUCUGAGACGGUGAGUCCUCAACAAAAUGAAUCCUCAUCCUCUCACUAUUCUGCUAAUGAUUCAGCAGAAGGAGAAGAUAGUUUGGAGAUGCUGUGGGAUUCAUGGGACCUGGCUCCCAUUUGA